AAUUUUAGUUCAUAUUUGUGUAUGUCUCAGACAUGUCUCCUUAAAAUUAAUUCUCAAAAUUUGAAUACUUAAAUGCAAUAGCUUUGAUCCAUUUUCAUCUAUUUCGCAAUAUGACAGAGGCGGGAAAUAGUUGUCGAACAUGGAAAAGCAUCUUAAGCAAAAGUUUGCCAAAAAUCUGUAGCCGUAAUUGCUUCGAGUCAUCCAACGGUCCAUGUCCUGACCUCCAGAUUAAGUUAGUAGAUGUAAACUAUGCUGAAACCCCUGAAGAUCUCACUCAAGUACCAGAAGUUUCUGUUCCUUCUGCACCCUAUGAAGGUCCCGUUCGCCAUAUAGUAGACACAAAAAGUCUAUGUGCCAAGUGUUACAACAGAGAGGAACUAAAUAAUUGUACACUAAACGAUGCUCAAAAUGCCACUCAUCGAAAUAACUUUUGCUCAACAGAAUGCAGACCGCUGACCACAUCACUGCAUUUAAAGGAGUACACGAAACGUCCUCGGCCAAAGCCAACGUAUAAGCAUAGUGUCUUUCUGGAUCAUGAAACGUUAGCCGGUCGAGUUUUCCCAAUAAAAUUUCGAAUACGUCGGGAUAAGAAUCAUUGUUUGGACUGCGACAAGGAGUUAUAUCUUCGUGAUCCCAUUACCGACAACACCAACGUAGUCGUGCUCAGAAAUUGCUGUGAUAUCAAGGUAUAUACCAGCAAGUAUAUUGACAAUUGGCAUCGUGUUCCAAUUCUGUCAUUAACCGGUAAUGAAGUUAUGAAGAAACGAACAUUGAAUGAAGUAUGCCAAUUGGAGCCGAAAAAGAAACCAAUUGAGGUAGUGGAAGCGAUGCCGUCAGUGGUAUAUAUACCACCAGAGCCAAAAGGAAAGAAAGGAAAAGGCAAGGGAAAAGGAAAAAGAAAUAAUGCAUUUAAAUAAAUUUGUAAAUUUUGUAAAGAUA